AUGAUAGUAACCUUUCUAGAGAGGGAUCAUCGAGAAUGGGACCAAUACCUUAAAGAUUUCCGCUUUGCAUACAAUACUGCACACCAUUCAUCCAUAGGCGCGUCACCAGCUUUGUUAAAUCUUAGCCGCGAGUUGUCGCCGGCAAAUUCGUUGCGCGCUCGGAACACGGAAACCGCGGAGGUCGAAACACGGGAUCCCGCGGAAUGGUCGGAGCGAAUGCAGAAUUUGCAGUCAUUGCAAGCGUGGGUGUCGGAGAAUUUGGAGCAGGCGUACCAAAAGCAGUCGUUGCAAUAUAACCUUCGACGACGCGACCAUACUUUUCGCGUAGAAGAUUUAGUCUUGAAACGGCAACACGUAUUGUCAUCUGCAAAACGUAGCCGCAAAAUUGACACCGAAAUUCCACGGCCCGUUUAA